AUGAAAUUUAGUGAACUUGAGCAACUUUGGGAUGGAGGCCAGGUCCUUAAGAAGUUAAAAGGAAUUGAUCUACGUUUUUCUCAUAAGUUGACUCGAAUUCCAGAUGUUUCUGCUUCUCCAGACCUUGAGAGGAUAAAUCUUGAGGGUUGUAAAUUUUUGCGUGAAAUUCCUUAUUCACGGAUUCAGCAAAAUCUUAACAACCUUAUUGAUGUCAAUUUCAGAUGCUGUGACAGCCUUCGAAAAGUUCCAGAUAGAAUAUUAGACGCGGCAUCUCUGAGAACUCUUUCUCUUAGCCCUCUUAACCUUCUUCCAACAGUGAUUACAUCUACGAGCCUGGAGUCUUUAAAUUUAUGUUCAAGUUUCAAUCCGGAGACUUCAUCAGUUGAUAACUGCGAACGACUUUCAAACCUAAGUGGUUUGAAUAAUCUGAACUCGUUGAGAGGGCUUAGCUUUCGAUUCUGCCCAAAUCUCAAGAAGCUUCCAGUGCUUCCAAGUAAUAUUGAGAAAUUGCAUAUUGGGGAGAUGACAAUAGAAGAACUGGACUUCCAAUCAAUUGAGGAUCUUAAACUUGAGAAGCUUUGCAUAUCUGAUUGCAUAAGUCUUAAAAGUUUACCACCUCGCAUUUUUGAGUUGAGGUUUCUCCGUGAUCUCAGUCUCUUUGGGUGCACAAAGCUGAAGAACCUUCCGGAUAUCCCCAAACCAAUGGAAAGCUUAACGGAUAUUUGCAUAAACGAAAUAAAUAUUAGAAAGCUUCCCUCGUCAUUUGGAAAUCUAAUUGGGCUUCGCUCACUACGUGCGCGUUCUUGUAGAUAUCUUAAGUUUGACCCAGAAAUCAUCUUUAACAUGCCUAAGCUUGCGGAUCUCAAACUUGUUCGCUGUCCAGAACUUAGAAGUUUUUCUUUCGCCGGUGUAGAUUUGGAAAACAUUGAUGUUGGGCACUCUUAUAUAAAGAAAAUCCCUGAAAGCAUCAAAGACGCUUCUAAGCUGAGAAUGCUUGAGUUAACUGAUUGCAGUGAUCUUCGUUCUAUACCGGCUCUUCCGUUGAGUCUAGAAUAUCUUGAUGCAAGAGGAUGCACAUUGUUGGAGGAGGUGUCAAUAUCAGAAGGAGCACUCACACAAGAGCUUGAGAAUAAUUAUCCUAUUACAAAGAAUACUUCAAUAUUCUAUAAUUGCUCGAAAUUGGGUCAAAAGGCACUGGACAACAUUAUAACUGAAUUCCAGCGUAGAGUUCUGCGCAUGGCUACCCGAUUUGCAUCCCUAGGACAUCAGGAAGAAAAUCUUCAAGUUUGUACAUGUUGUCCUGGAAAUGAAAUUCCAGAGUGGUUCGAUCAUCAAGCGGAGGGAUGUCGGAUUGAGUUCCCGCUUCCCCAUAACAACUUCUUGGGAGGAGAAAUACAAUUGCAUCCAGUGGGAUGA